AAAUCCAAACAUAUUUUUGAGUAGUAAUUUUUUUUUAUUUAUUUAUUUUUUUUUUUUUUUUUAUAAACUAAAGAAACUUGGUUUGAAGCAAAAAAAUUGGGACCCAUGAUUGAAAUGGGUGUGUUGGUUGGGGUAUGAAAUGAUAUAUUUGAACCAUUUGGCUUUUUGGUUUAUUGUAGUUAAAACAAAACAAAGAAAAAAGAAAAAAGAAAAGAAACUAAAAUUAGUCAACGCCGGUGUUCCAAGUUCCAACAAUGUGAAUAGAAGCAACAAGAACAUAAAGCUGUCUCUAAACUCAUAACUCGAUCUUUAAGAACAACAAUCAACAUUCAACAACAAAGAAUGUCAAAAGUUUUUUGAGUCUUAAAGAUAGAAAGAGAAAGAGAGAGGAACAAACACUUACUCUACUGUAGUUGUUUGUUUUGUUCUGUUUCAUUUUGUUGGAAGCUCUUCGCCGUCGACCACCGGAUUUCACUAUUUUCCGGCCAAACUCGCCACCGUCACCCGAUACAUGAAUCUCUGAUAUUCAACAACAGAUUACAAUGACUACUGCAGAAGAAGGUACCUCCGCCGCCGUCGCCGUCGCCGCAGCUCCGGAAGGUGGUGGAGGAGGAGAGAAGAACGGCAUAAACAGUGAGCUAUGGCAAGCUUGUGCUGGUCCUCUUGUCAAUCUUCCUUUAGCUGGAACUCAUGUUGUUUACUUUCCUCAAGGCCACAGCGAACAAGUUGCAGCAUCUUUGAAGAAAGAUGGGGAUGUGCAAGUACCAAACUAUUCCAAUCUUCCUUCCAAGUUACCGUGUAUUCUUCACAGUCUUACCUUGCAUGCAGAUCCAGAUACAGAUGAAGUAUAUGCCCGUAUGACACUUCAACCGGUGCCUUCUUUUGACAUGGAUGCCUUAUUAAGAUCAGAUAUUACUCUCAAGUCCAACAAGACACAACCCGAGUUUUUCUGUAAACAACUGACAGCAAGUGAUACGAGUACUCAUGGAGGUUUCUCUGUACCUCGCCGUGCUGCAGAGAAGAUUUUCCCCCCUCUUGAUUUCUCUGCGCAACCUCCUGCUCAAGAACUUGUGGCAAGGGAUUUGCAUGGUAACGUUUGGAAGUUCCGCCAUAUAUAUCGUGGACAACCAAAACGUCACUUGCUUACAACUGGAUGGAGUCUAUUUAUCAGUGGAAAGAAGCUUUUAGCUGGAGACUCGGUUUUAUUUAUACGAGAUGAAAAACAGCAGUUGCUUUUGGGUAUCAGACGAGCAAACAGGCAACCGACCAAUCUAUCAUCCUCAGUACUAUCAAGCGAUAGUAUGCACAUUGGAAUUCUGGCUGCAGCAGCUCAUGCUUCUGCAAACAAUAGUCCCUUCACUGUGUUUUAUAAUCCUAGGGCCAGUCCCUCAGAGUUUGUUAUUCCAUUGGCCAAGUACUACAGGGCAGUAUACAGCCACCAAAUAUCGCCUGGGAUGCGCUUUCGAAUGAUGUUUGAAACAGAAGACUCGGGAACAAGAAGAUAUAUGGGUACCGUUACAGGUGUCAGUGAUCUGGAUCCCGUGAACUGGAAAAACUCUCAGUGGCGUAAUUUGCAGGUUGGUUGGGAUGAAUCCACUGCUGGAGAAAGGCGAAGUAGGGUCUCAAUAUGGGAAAUCGAACCCGUUACUGCUCCAUUUUUCAUCUGUCCGCCUCCAUUCAUCAGAUCAAAGAGACCAAGACUACCUGGAAUGCCUGAUGACGAGCUAUUUAAUGUCAGUAACCUUUUCAAAAGUUCAAUGCCUUGGCUUGGUGAUGAUAUGAGUAUGAAGGAUCCUCAGGCUUUCCCUGGCAUGAGCUUAGCUCAAUGGAUGAGCUUACAGCAAAAUCCCACUCUGGCUAGCUCAUUGCAACAAAAUCACGUGCCUUCCAUGUCUGGAUCUGUUCUACACAAUCUUCCUGGAGCUGAUAUUGCUCAUCAAUUGGGAUUCUCCACUCAACAAAUCUCUCAACCAAACAAUGUAGCUUUCAAUGCUCCAGGGAUACUUCAGACUCCCCAACAACUCGAUCACCUUCAGAAGCUAUCAUCAUCCACAUCUAGCGGAUUGGGAACAGUCAUGCAGCCAGAGCAACAUCAUUCUAGACAGAACUUGGUAAAUCAAACUUUACCACAAAGUCAAGUUCAGACUCAUGUUCUUAAUCCACAGAAUGUCGUCCAAACGAACAAUAUACUUCAAUCACAACAACAAUCUGCUCAAAACCAUCAACUCCAUAGAAGCCUUUCUCAGAACCCUCUUCAUCAGCAGCUUCAACAGACUAUAAUCGGUCAGAACCAACAGCAAAAUAUGAUCAGAUCAGCUAUGCCAGAUCAUAUUAAUCAACAGUUACCUAUGUCGGAUAAUCAAAUUCGGAUUCAGUUGUUACAGAAGCUUCAACAGCAACAACAAACAUUCUUUGCUCAGCAAUCUGCAUUGCAGCAGCCUGCUCAACUUAUUCAAAACCAAGAGCAGCAGAGGCAACUUUUAGAUGUAACACACAACUCUAGGACAUUAACUCCCAAUCAAGUGUUUGAAAUUCCUCCUACACUUCAAAACUCACUGCCUGGGACUAAUUCCAUGAUCCAUCAGAUGACAGAUCAUAGUAGCCAAAACAAUGUUCAGUUCUCUCAUCCAUCUAAGCAACCAAAACUUCAACAUCAACCACAACAAAUGCAACCUGACUCGGUUUCUAAAAUGUCUAGUCAUGUUGGACUUCCUCCUGCAACUACAACUAAUCAUUUAUCUGCUUCUGGUAGCAGUACACGGACUGCAGCAACUGGAACAGGUCCAUCGGUAGUUAUUGAUGAUGUUCCAUCUUGUUCCACUUCACCUUCCACAAAUAACUGUGCCAAUGUGCUUCCUCCAAUGACAACAUCCCACAUCCUUAUGAGCACAAUAGGGGAUGACGCGGCUCAGUCUUCUGCGACGAUCUUGAGUCAAAAUGCCUUAGAGACCAUGCCAUCUAGUGCAAAUGUGGUAAAAUUUGUACCUCCAAGAUAUGAAGCUAAGCCUUCUUUAAAUCACAAUCAAGGGAAUUUUUACCCUCAGACUGGCUUGAACAGCGGUGCUGUCCAGACAGAUUGUUUGGAUACGUCGUCUUCUACAACUUCAGCUGGCCUUUCUCAGAGCGAUACACGCUUUCAUCAGAAUGACAACCUGUUAUCUUACAAUCCACAAUCGAUGUUUUGUAGAGACAACAUUCAAAAUAUGGAAGUUCAGGCUGAUGCUAGGUCCAAUAUUGCAUAUGGCAACAGCAUGAAUGGGCAAAUGAGAAUGCCACCGAAUCUAGACUCUACGGUAACCAAAGGCACAACAAGGUCGGGCAAGGAUUUGUCAAAUAAUUUCUCUUCCUCAGGCUUGCUUGGUGACUAUGAAAAUAACAAUGAUGCUCAGCCUGAACUUUCAUCUUCAUUGGUUUCACAAACAUUUGGAGUCCCUGAUAUGACCUUUAAUUCAAUUGAUUCCACCAUAAAUGAUAGUAGUUUCUUGAAUAGUGGUCCAUGGGCUCCACCGCCGCCGCCACAUCAAUUUCAACGGAUUAGAACAUAUACCAAGGUAUAUAAACGUGGAGCUGUAGGAAGAUCCAUAGACAUAACCAGAUAUUCAGGUUACGAGGAGCUCAAACAUGAUCUGGCUCGUAGGUUUGGUAUUGAGGGACAGCUGGAGGAUCGACAAAGGAUAGGUUGGAAACUUGUUUAUGUGGAUCAUGAAAAUGAUGUUCUGCUAGUGGGAGAUGACCCUUGGGAGGAGUUUGUUAACUGCGUCCGCUGUAUUAAAAUACUCUCUCCUCAAGAAGUUCAACAAAUGAGCAUAGAUGGAGAUUUUGGCAACGGUGGCCUUCCAAAACAGGCUUGUAGCAGCUCUGAUGGCGGGAAUACUUAAAUGGAGUCCAGGAAUUCGCUAACUAUUCUUCGGUGUUGGUAACUUAAUUUAUUCUUAGGAGACAUAGAUUAUUGUUGUUGUAAAGGUAUUUAUGACGCCUUUGUGGGGGGUUCUACGGACAUUUCUAUCCUUGCUUCUGCUGCACUGGCCAAUAUGAAGAACUGAAACAUAUAGUGGCGAAGCUAGAAUGAUGUUUCUAAGCAAUGCAUAUUAUGUUGUUGUAAAGUUGGAAGAAAAGUUCUGUUAGUAUAGUUGAAAUUGAAAUAUAACAGCUUAGUUCAGUGUAUCUAUCUGCCUUUGUGGGGAAUUCUUGUCUCUUGAUGUAUGAAUUGAAAGGUGGGGUCUUUUGGUUGGGACUUUUGUAACCAUGGCCAGACAGCUACAUUGUCACCAUUGAAAAAAAAGUUUCAGUCUUCCACUA